CAAGCAUGGGAUGCAGAAGUUCAGGUUUAUUGUGGAUUUUCUUUAACCAACAAUAUAUUUAGAGGCUCACGUAUGCACACACUCCAUCACUGUCAAAAAAGCAAAACAAAGAACGAAGAAGUAAAAUGUUGGAACAUUUUUGUUUGUGUCCACAGAGAAACAGCUGAUCAACCAAGACGGUUCCAUCCACAUUCUUAAACUUGAACUCGAAGCAACAACUUUUUUCAAAUCAAAAUUCUUUUGAAACACAUUGUAGUUGUAUGCUGUAUUACAGAUUCACCACCAAAAAGAAAGGCUUAAAAUAAAUGAUUAAAAGUCUAAAAUGUUUAUGAUAUUGUGUUCAAUAACUGAUAAGGAUAAAUGAAGUACAACAGGAGGAGGUAAAAAAAAAAAAGUCUAAAAUUGAACCUGAACAGUUGUGACAUCAGUCAGUUUGAUAGAUUUGUGUGACAGAAGAAGGUGGAGGGAUGAUGACACACAGAUCAUGUGUCUGUCUCGCUUUGUUUACCCAAAUGUCAGCCUGCUGGGACAGCUGAGUUCAUUUACCUCCCCAUUAGUCAGUCAACUGUUCCAAAACAGGCAGCGUCUCAGGGCUGUGAAGCGAGCAUGACCAGUGGCAUCUGUUUAUUUGCCCUGUCUUCCCUCCUUGGUGUCUCACUGAGUGUGGAAAUGACCGGGCUAUAUGGCAGCUUUGCCUCCCCUGGAUUCCCGCAGCCAUACCCUGACAACCAGUUCGUGGUGUGGAACAUAACCUCUCUGCACGGCCACCGCAUCAAGCUCUACUUCACCCACUUCAGCUUGGAGCCCUCCAAUCAGUGUGAGUACGACCACAUCCAGGUUUUAGCAGAAGGGAAUGAAACCCUGCGGUUCUGCGGCGAGGAGGAGAAGAACCACGAGAGCACCCCCAGGAACACCAUCAUCAUGUCAGCCGGGAACGUCAUGUCGGUGGUCUUUAGGAGUGACUACUCUAACGAAGGCCGAUUCACUGGCUUCCAAGCGUUUUACACCUCAGAAGAUAUCAACGAGUGCCUAUCCAGGGUAGAUGGCGAGCGAGUAUGUGACCAUUUCUGCCACAAUUACAUCGGUGGCUAUUACUGCACGUGCAAGCAGGGACACCUUCUCCAUGACAACAAGAGAUCCUGCACAGUGCCCUGCAAAAGCCAGGUGUUGACGUCAGCAUCUGGAGCUCUGACUAGUCCUGGUUACCCAAACCCCUACCCGCCCAUGAGCCAGUGCAAUCACACCAUCAGUCUGCCAGAGGGCUCCAGAAUCAUCCUGGACUUCUUGGAACCUUUUGACAUAGAGGGACACCCCGAUGUCCCCUGUCCAUAUGAUAUGCUAAAGAUUUCAACAACUGGACAAGAGUACGGACCGUUCUGUGGCUCGGCACCACCAGACUCUAUAGAUACUGGAAGUUACCAAGUGCAUGUGGCGUUCAGGUCUGACUCUACUGGGAAGAACAAUGGAUGGAAGAUCAAAUACACCAGCACUAAAGCUGAAUAGCUUUCAUAACUUCUAAACUGAUGGCAUCCUGCCUGGAUAAUAUUUUCCUCUGCAAGUAUUAAGAUAUGGGUUUUUUUUUUUGCUAUUAAUAAUUAUAACAGUAUAUAAGUUUUGUUCUAUUUUUCUGACUUUUUUUGAACCAAUACAUUGAAAAUUGAAUGCACAUGACCUGCAAAUUCAAUUACACCUCUUAAUUUUUACUCUUUUUUUUUUGCCUGUGGAGUAGCACACAAUUGUUUUGAAAAAGGGGAAGCUCAAUUAUUUUUAGGGUUUAAAAAAUAUUAAGGUCGUCAUGCAUUUGUGUUCAACCCAGUUUAAUCAGACACACUGAGGGUACAGUCACAUCUCACAGAGGAGGACUUUAUUUACAGACAAGUGAGUUUUAAAGGUAUUUAUUCUGAGUCCGGCUGUUCUGUUCAGCUUCUCGACGACCAUAAAUCACAGCAGAUAGGACUGGACUAAAGUUAUGGAGAAGCUUAAGGAAACGUUAGAUUACGAAAGAAAUUCUCAGAGUACUGUUCAGUCCAUCAGCCAUGUAUGCCCACAGCUCAGGGUUUUUCACCUACAAGGCAAAGGCAAAACAAGUGUUUUCCAGAAAAGCAGCCAAUAAAUAACACAAUUCAUCAUCUUCCCUUUCCUUCAAAUAUUCACCAUUUUGUGUUGGUCCACCAUCAAGAAUGCAAAAGACGUUUGUGAUCAAAUGUGAAAAGUUCAGGGGUUACUCUUCCUCUACUCUUUCAUGCAUCAUUCAGCUCAUUCAUUUCAUUUCAUUUUUACCAGGACAGUAAUUGCACUCAUUUUCUCUCAUCUCUUUCGCCUCUUUACAAAUUGCUUGGUUGAAUUUAAUGUUUUCACUUUUUAUUAGACCUAUUCUGAGGUUGUUUUUUUUUGUGAUUAAACAGAAACAUACUUCCUUAAAAUCUCAGCUGAGCCACAGAGGAUAAGAUUUGUUUCCAGCAUGAUGUGCCGUGACAGACCUUCGGGGGACCUGGGUGCUUACCUGAGCGCUCUCGAGUCACCAUCUCGUCCUUACAGAGAGCGUGACAUACGAUGGCGCGGUGCAGCUGACUGCCCACAUACUGCUUCAAGCUCACGCCAAACUGUUCAGCCGAGGUGGAGCCAGGUUCACAGGCAUUACGCACACCAUGAUUCCCAUUACAUAGCUGUUGGAGGAAAAACCCCAGCAGCAGUAAAAGCUCAGAACUCGUGUACUCAUGCAGAAACGUACUAAACUGGUGCACAAAAAAUAUGAGCACAAGACAGAAACUUUAAACACAUUUAUUUACCAAAAGACAUGUUAAAACGUAGCCCUUACAUCAUAUCAUACAGACGUUACACCUCGAUGUAUCCUGGAGAACAAUCUGCUUUAAAAACUAUUCAUGAAAAAGCAACGGGUCCGCUUCACACCGAAGCUCAACUGUUUUUGCAAAGACACAAUACUCACUAAUUCCCCUAGGACAGUUGGGAAUGGAGCACGUUAUGCCUGUAUUAUAAUCUCACACACAAAAAACGCAAGAAGAUUACGUAAGUAAAAAUAAGUCCAUCGAUUCUGUUCGGUGUUCCAGAGAUAAGAGGACGCAACAGAGAACCUACCGCGUGUUCGUGUCACACGGACCAACACACAGUCUUACAUCACACAUCCAUCAGACCAACACAUGACUGUCAGGAUUGUAGACAAUAUAUACACUUAAAUCAUCCACAGUGCAUAGAUAACGUGUUAAUCUAGUAGUGUUAUCUGGUUUCUGGCGGUGUUGUACGAGGCUGCUCAGGCAGAAGGCUGUUUGUUUUUCAGAUAGAAUUUGCUGUAAGAAAGAAAACAAUUCUUUUUUAUCCGAUAAGUAAGGAAGUCUGACUAAAGGAAUGUGUAUGUAGCACAUGGCAUCUGAUGCUUUAAGUUUUGUAAAAGUCGCCCUGGAUUUUUGAGCGCAUCAUUGCAAACGCAUGAAAAUUGUUCCCCAAACAAACUAAAUGAUGCCAUUUGAUUGGCCUUGAAAUAGCUCCUCUAGCUAAUCCAAAUCCCUUUUUUGUUAAAAUGCUGCCUCUGAUGAAACAUAGAGCAUAUUUGUCAUCUUGGAAUAUAGUAAAUUGGCAGAUUUAAAAAGGAGACGUUUGACAAACUCAGAGGAGCACUUUGUCCAUCUCUGGGAAGAAAUUAUAUUCAUUUAUAUGAACAGUUUCGCAACCGAUUGCUAUCUAUGAAGCUAACUGCAACUAGCCUAACUUAGAGAACAGACAAGGCAAAGCAGUUUUUAGUUAAAACGGUAACAAAAUUCACCAGUUAAUUGUAUAUCUGAUAAAACUGAAAGCAGAAAGUGAACACCAGAGUACCAUACUCAAGAUUACAAAACACAAUUUCUAGAUUUAUUCUUAAACACUGACAUAUUUAAGGGCAUCUGUGAGUGUCAAAAAGUAAAGUAUGAACCUUUUUAGAACAUUAGUAAGACCAAUAUUAUUCAAAUUUAGGACAAGCAUGAAUAGCAAGAAAUUAUUUAAUCCAAAUUACUAAAUAACGUAGCUCACUUAGCUUGGCAAGAUAUCCAACCUGAAACUUGUGGGGUUCUUUUGCCCUAGGAAUAUGACGAUACUUUUACACCAAGGGUUACUGCAUACAGUAAACCUAAAACAGCAACUAACCAAACAACUGACCUGUUUUCUACCCAAACGUUAAGUAAACAUUCGUUAUUCACAGUAAAAAAAAACGAGCUGGUAGUGGAUAUGUUACAAUAGGUUUUAUUUUAAAAGUCUAAACUAUUUUCAGAAGCAAAAAAUAAAAACUGAAAAUGAAUGAGUAAACAAAUCCGUUAUAUAAACUAAUGCAAAUUUAAAAGCUAGUGUAAAAAAUCUACAGUUUUUUUUUAAUUUUAUUUCUUUUUAUUUAUGUUAAAUGUUUUGGUACACUGCAGAACCCUGAUCAGUGCCAUCUAGUGGACAAUACAAAGACUAGCUGUUUUUCCUGCAGACGGUUCAGUCUCCCCUGGCGAUUAAUCAGACAUUUUGAACACUAGUGGCCAGCUGCAUUAGAACAAAUAAAGCUUUUGAAUUAGCUUUUGAUUAGUUUGCUUUAAAUGUGGGGGCUGAAGGUGCCAGAAUCUAGAAAAUGACUCGUCAAACUUGUACAUGUGAGGCUUUGAAUAAAAUGUUAACAUUUAUCUGUCAGUAAGGUUUUAAAUACGAAAAACAUAAAACAGAAAUCAUAAGAGCUUGAAUUCCUUGCAUGUUAAACUUUUUAGUACUUCAAUAUUUAUUUAAUUAUGUCAUAGUUCCCUUAUCUAUAGCCCAUCAGGAAAUAAUGUAAACAGUCACUUUGGCUAGACAAACAUCCAGUUAAAUUUGUUCGUCUUUUGCUAAAAAAA